AUGUCCACAAAUAUAAAUGAUAUCGAUAUUCAAAAAAAUCAUGAGGAAAACAGUGAUGAUAAUGAAAAGAAAAGACCUGAUCUACUUGAACAGCUAUACAAGAAAUUUAUUUCAGUCAUAGACCCAGGUGAAGAAGACCAGCACUUACUACAAUGCAUCCGCGAGCAUCAAUCCACACACAAAAUUUUCGAUCUUGAAUUAUUUGACGCACUUCGUACCGUCGUCAGCAGUACACCAAAAUACGCAUGUAUGCUCGCACUUUUAUACCAAUAUGGUGUUGGCACCAAGCAAGACAAUUACCGAAUGUACAAUUAUAAUAAAAUAGCAGCCAACAACGGCGACUUAUUUGGAAUGAACCAACUCGGCUGUGCGCGGGGUGGAAUCGUUGCUUCGCAGUAUAAUUUGGCGAGGUUUUAUCGAUAUGGUGUGGGCUUUAAUCGUGAUUUGCAUGAAGCUAUAAAGUGGUAUCGGAGGUCGGUGAUGCAGGGAGAUGAGUAUUGUAUGAUUGAAUUGGAUGAGUUGCUACAGAAGGUGUAUUAUAUUUAG